AUGGUAAAUGAAAGCAAAAACAUGUACAUCCCGGAGGACACCCUUGAGAACCAUCAAGGCUCCGACUACUCUCCCCCCCCUCUCCCUCCCCCCGGCCUGACCAACGAGCACAGCGGCGAUGGCGACCAUGGUGGAGGAGGGGGCGGGGUCAACCACGGGUUGGGCGUGGUGGGCCUGGCCCCGGAGCACAUCGCCACGCCGGGGGCGGCCCUGAGCUGGCAGGCGGCUAUCGACGCUGCGCGGCAGGCGAAGAUGAUGGGCAGUGUCGCGUCGGGUGGAGGGGCAGGGCUUGGGACGGGAGGGGGCGGGCCCAUCUCCACGGCCAGCUCCACGCAAAGGAAGAGACAACACUACAGCUCUAAGCCCAAGAAACAGACAACGACGACAGCCACGAGGCCGCCACGGGCCCUACUCUGUCUCACACUCAAGAACCCCAUCCGCAGGGCCUGCAUCAGCAUCGUAGAGUGGAAACCAUUUGAGAUCAUCAUCCUGAUGACCAUUUUUGCCAACUGUGUGGCCUUAGCCGUCUACAUCCCCUUCCCUGAGGAUGACUCAAACGCCACCAACUCCAACCUGGAGCGUGUGGAGUAUCUGUUCCUCAUCAUUUUCACGGUGGAGGCAUUCUUGAAGGUAAUAGCCUACGGCCUGCUCUUCCACCCCAACGCCUACCUGAGGAACGGCUGGAAUCUGCUCGACUUCAUCAUCGUAGUAGUAGGGUUAUUCAGUGCGAUCUUGGAGCAGGCCACCAAGGGGGACGGGGCCACUCCUAUCGGAGGGAAGGCAGCGGGCUUCGAUGUCAAGGCUCUGAGGGCAUUCAGAGUACUCAGACCCCUCAGACUGGUCUCUGGAGUACCCAGUUUACAGGUAGUGUUGAACUCCAUAAUCAAAGCCAUGGUUCCUCUGCUCCAUAUCGCCCUGCUGGUCCUCUUCGUCAUCAUCAUCUAUGCCAUCAUCGGCCUGGAGCUCUUCAUGGGCAAGAUGCACAAGACCUGCAGUCACGAGCACACAGGCACCAUUGCAGAGGAAAAGCCGGCACCGUGCGCACCCGAUGGCGCUUACGGUCGACACUGUAACCACAACGGAACUGAGUGCAAACAGGGAUGGGAGGGCCCGAAUGACGGCAUCACCAACUUUGACAACUUUGCCUUUGCCAUGUUGACCGUGUUCCAGUGUAUAACCAUGGAGGGCUGGACGGACGUGCUGUACUGGGUGAAUGAUGCCGUAGGUUACAGUUGGCCCUGGCUGUAUUUUGUCACCUUAAUCAUCAUCGGAUCCUUCUUUGUGCUUAACUUGGUUCUGGGGGUUUUGAGCGGAGAGUUUUCCAAGGAGAGAGAGAAGGCCAAAGCACGUGGUGACUUCCAGAAACUCAGAGAAAAACAGCAACUGGAAGAGGACCUCAAGGGCUAUUUAGACUGGAUCACUCAGGCUGAAGACAUUGACCCAGAGAAUGAAGAGGAGGGCAUGGACGAUGAUAAACCUAGAAACCUGAGCAUGCCAGCCAGUGAGAAUGAAUCAGUCAACACAGACAACGCCCCCGGGGGAGACGUGGAGGGGGAGACCUGCUGUACCCGGCUAGCAAAUAGGAUCUCCAAAUCCAAGUUCAGUCGAUACUCUCGGAGGUGGAACAGGCUGUGUAGGAGGAAGUGCAGGGCGGCGGUCAAAUCACAGGUUUUCUAUUGGCUGGUCAUCUUCCUGGUUUUCCUCAACACUCUGACCAUCGCCUCUGAACAUCACCGGCAGCCUCAGUGGUUAACUGAUGUACAAGACAUAGCCAACAAGGUGAUGCUAGCACUCUUCACUGGUGAGAUGGUGUUGAAGAUGUACAGUCUGGGUCUGCAGGCGUACUUUGUUUCGCUCUUCAAUCGCUUCGACAGCUUUGUAGUAUGUGGAGGAAUUCUUGAGACCAUUCUGGUGGAAACCAAGAUCAUGUCUCCUCUCGGCAUCUCUGUGUUGCGUUGCGUACGCUUGCUGAGAAUCUUCAAAAUAACCAGAUACUGGAACUCCCUGUCCAACCUGGUGGCCUCCCUGCUGAACUCUGUUCGCUCCAUCGCUUCCCUGUUGCUCCUGCUCUUCCUCUUCAUCAUUAUCUUCUCCCUGCUCGGCAUGCAGCUGUUUGGGGGGAAAUUCAACUUCGACGAGACCAGACGCAGUACCUUUGACAACUUUCCCCAGUCUCUGCUCACUGUGUUUCAGAUCCUAACGGGAGAGGACUGGAACUCUGUGAUGUAUGAUGGUAUCAUGGCGUACGGUGGCCCGUCUUUCCCUGGCAUGCUGGUCUGCAUCUACUUUAUCAUCCUCUUCAUCUGUGGAAACUAUAUCUUACUCAAUGUCUUCUUGGCCAUUGCUGUCGACAAUCUGGCAGACGCUGAGAGCCUGACAUCCGCCCAGAAAGAGGAGGAAGAGGAGAAGGAGAGGAAAAAACUUGCCAGGUUGGCCAGUCCAGAGAAACGUCAUGCCAACGAGAAGCCGCCUCUGGUGGAGGAGAAGAAGGAGAAGAAGAAGAAGGAGAAGAUAGAGCUGAAGUCCAUCACCUCUGAUGGAGAGACAAACACAGCUACUAAGAUUACCAUGGAUGACUACUGUGGAGAUGAGAGUGAAGAGAAGAACCCAUACCCUGCCAAUGAUUACAUAGGAGAAGAUGAUGAAGAAGAGCCGGAGAUGCCAGUGGGCCCGAGGCCGCGGCCACUCUCCGACGUUCAGCUGAAGGAGAAGGCCAUUCCCAUGCCUGAGGCCCGCGCUUUCUUCGUUUUCAGCCACACCAACAAAUUCAGGGUUCUGUGCCAUAAGAUCGUCAACCACAACAUCUUCACCAACCUCAUCCUCUUCUUCAUCCUGCUCAGCAGCAUCAGUCUGGCAGCAGAGGACCCGGUCAAGAACGACUCUUUCAGAAACCAGAUCCUGGGCUAUGCAGACCAUGUCUUUACUGGACUCUUCACCAUAGAGAUCAUUCUUAAGAUGACAGCCUAUGGGGCCUUCGUCCAUAAAGGUUCAUUCUGUAGAAACUAUUUCAAUAUUUUGGAUCUGGUGGUCGUCAGUGUGUCUCUCAUCUCCUCUGGAAUACAGUCCAGUGCAAUUAAUGUGGUGAAGAUUCUGAGGGUUCUGCGAGUGCUCAGACCACUGAGAGCCAUCAACAGAGCCAAAGGACUGAAGCAUGUAGUGCAGUGCGUCUUUGUGGCCAUCCGGACCAUCGGCAACAUUGUCAUCGUCACCACGUUGCUCCAGUUCAUGUUCGCCUGUAUCGGAGUUCAGCUCUUUAAGGGCAAGUUCUCCUUUUGUACUGACAGCUCUAAACAAACUCAGGCCGACUGCAGGGGUUUCUACAUCAUGUAUAAGGAUGGUGAUGUGGGGAAGCCUGAAAGAGCCCAUAGAGUGUGGGAGAACAGUGACUUUAACUUUGACGAUGUCCUGCAAGGCAUGAUGGCUCUGUUUGCUGUGUCUACUUUUGAGGGCUGGCCAGGGUUACUGUACCGGGCCAUAGACUCUCACGCUGAGGAUGUUGGCCCCGUCUACAACUACCGCGUGGUCAUCUCCAUCUUCUUCAUCAUCUACAUCAUCAUCAUCGCCUUCUUCAUGAUGAACAUCUUCGUCGGUUUCGUCAUCGUCACAUUCCAGGAGCAAGGGGAGCAGGAAUAUAAGAACUGUGAGCUGGACAAGAAUCAGCGUCAGUGUGUGGAGUACGCUUUGAAGGCACGGCCGUUGCGUCGCUACAUCCCCAAGAACCCUUACCAGUACAAGGUGUGGUAUGUGGUUAACUCCACCUACUUUGAGUACCUGAUGUUCACACUCAUCCUUCUCAACACCAUCUGUCUGGCCAUGCAGCAUCACGGACAGACCAAAAAUUUCAAUGAUGCCAUGAACAUCCUCAACAUGCUCUUCACUGGACUCUUCACUGUGGAGAUGAUCCUUAAACUGAUCGCCUUCAAACCUAGGGGGUACUUUAGUGAUCCCUGGAAUGUGUUUGAUUUCCUCAUCGUAAUUGGCAGCAUAAUAGACGUCAUUCUCAGUGAGAUCAACCCAGCUGACUCCUCCUCGUCCUCGUCCUCCUCCUCUUCGCCCUCCUCCUCCUCCUCUUCCUCCUCUCACCCCCCUGUGGUAAGGCCAAUGGUACGCUCCGACGGUAACCUCGUCCGCCUCCCCACCUCCUCCACCAUCCCUCCAUCCCUCCAUCCUUCCAUCCCUCCUUCUGCUACGCCAACCAUGGGACUGCAGAACUCUGAAGAGAACGCCAGGAUCUCCAUCACCUUCUUCCGGCUGUUCCGCGUGAUGAGGCUGGUGAAGCUGCUGUCUCGCGGGGAAGGGAUUCGGACCCUGCUGUGGACCUUCAUCAAAUCCUUCCAAGCUCUGCCCUACGUAGCUCUGCUUAUAGUGAUGCUAUUCUUCAUAUACGCUGUCAUCGGCAUGCAGAUGUUUGGUAAGAUAGCGCUGCGCGACCACACGCAGAUCAACAGGAACAACAAUUUCCAGACGUUCCCUCAGGCAGUGCUGCUGCUCUUCAGAUGUGCAACAGGUGAGGCAUGGCAGGAGAUCAUGCUGGCGUGCACGCCCAAUCGGCCGUGUGAGAAAGGAUCAACCAAUGAGAGCAACUUGGCUCACGAGGACUGUGGCAGCCAGUUUGCCAUCAUUUACUUUGUCAGCUUCUACAUGCUCUGUGCCUUUCUGAUCAUCAACCUGUUUGUGGCCGUCAUCAUGGACAACUUUGACUACCUGACACGUGAUUGGUCAAUCCUGGGGCCGCAUCAUCUUGACGAAUUCAAGAGGAUCUGGGCUGAAUAUGACCCAGAGGCUAAAGGGAGAAUAAAGCACCUGGAUGUGGUGACUCUGCUGCGGAGAAUCCAGCCUCCACUCGGCUUUGGAAAGCUCUGUCCACACAGAGUAGCCUGCAAGCGUCUGGUCUCGAUGAACAUGCCUCUGAACAGCGACGGAACAGUGAUGUUCAACGCCACGCUGUUUGCCCUGGUCAGAACCGCACUCAGGAUCAAGACAGAUGGAAACCUGGAGCAGGCCAAUGAGGAACUGAGGUCAAUAGUGAAGAAGAUCUGGAAAAGAACCAGCAUGAAGCUCUUGGAUCAAGUAGUGCCCCCUGCUGGAGAUGAUGAGGUUACAGUCGGGAAGUUCUACGCUACCUUCCUCAUCCAGGAAUAUUUUCGCAAGUUUAAGAAGAGGAAAGAACAAGGGCUGGUGGCCAAGGUGGCUCCAAAAACUGCCCUUUCUCUGCAGGCGGGCCUGCGGACAUUGCAUGACAUCGGUCCAGAGAUUAGGAGGGCCAUUUCUGGAGACCUGACGGUGGAGGAGGAGCUGGAUAAAGGCCUGAAGGAGCCUGUGUCGGCUGCAUCCGAGGAUGAUAUCUUCAGGCGUACGGGUGGGUUGUUCAGCAACCACGUCAACUACUACAACCAGAGCGAUGGCCGCGCUUCCUUUCCACAGUCCUUCACUACCCAGCGUCCCUUGCACAUCAGCCAGAAGGGCUCCCCUUGCGAAGGCGAGAGUCCGUCCCACGAGAAGCUCAUGGACUCGACCACUUUCACCCCUUCGUCGUACUCCUCAUCAGGCUCCAAUGCCAACAUCAACAAUGCCAACAACACCGGCAUGGUCGGUGUGGCGACCCAGGGCAUCAGUCGAUUCCCAAGCCCGUCCAUAAGCACUGUGGACGGGCACACAGGACAGCCGCUCACCCCCAUCCUGCUGCCAAGGUCCGCGUGGUGCUUUCCUCCAAAGAGCUCGGACUCAAGUGACAGCCGUCUGCCAAUCAUCCGAAGAGGCGACGGGUCGACGGAGGAGACGUACGAUGAGAGCUACGCCGACGACAGGGAGUACCACGAGGACGACCACUCGCUCUCCUCCGACAUGCUGGUGUAUAAUGAUGAUACAUGUAAGCAGUUGAAUCCCAUGGAGGAAGGAGAGGAGGUAGAAGACAGAAGAGGAGGAGGAGGAGGGUGGCAGUCUCCCAGGAGAGUCUUCCUCUGCCCUACCACUCUGGCGCGGAGAUCGUCUUUCCAUCUGGAGUGUCUCAGGAGACAGUCAAGGCCAGACGUCUCCCAAAAGACGUCUGUACCACUGCACCUUGUACAUCAUCAGGCUCUGGCAGUGGCAGGGUUGAGUCCUCUGCUAAGACGGAGUCACUCACCUACCCUCUUCAGCCGGCUGUGCUCCACGCCUCCAGCCAGUCCCACAGCCCAGGGCAGUGAUGGCUCCUACCAGCGAGUCCCCUCUCUGAGGCUAGAGGGCUCCAACUCCCAUGAAAAGCUCAAUACCAGCUUGCCCUCUGUCAACUGUGGGCCCUGGUACAGCGACAGUAAUGGGAACAGCCGGGGGCCCAGUCCCAGUAUGUCAGUGUCCAAUCAAAGACCACCACGGCCGGUGUCGCUCACAGUGCCCUCGCUACUGGGGAAAGACUCCAGCUCACUGUGUCACGGCAGUGCGGGCAGUCUGGUGGAGGCAGUGCUAAUAUCAGAGGGUUUGGGCCAUUUCGCCCAGGACCCGUCGUUCAUCGAGGUUACCAAAGCCGAGUUGGCCGACGCAUGCGACAUGACCAUCGAGGAGAUGGAGCACGCCGCCAACAACAUUCUCAACGGCAACACCGCCACGAACGCAACAUCCAGCACUUCCUCCACCUCUCAGCACAGCCCCAACGGCAACCUCCUCCCCUUCCACACAGCAGCAGCAGCAGCAGCAGCAGCAACGCACAGGGACCAAGUGGUCAGCGAGGGCGGGGAAGAAGCCGGAGGGAGCAGGGGCUCCGUCCACGGGCCGUCCUCGCUGGAGGAGCGACAGGAGCUGCUCUCAGGGGGGAGGGGACAGGAAGAGGAGGAGGAAGAGGUGGGAGAGAUGGAGGAGGAGGAGGAGCAGCACAGAAGCUCGGUUGUGAUUGGAGGAGCACGGCAGAGGAACAGCAGGCUGUUGGAGGAUGAGGAUAUGGAGUGUGUGACGAGUUUGUAG